AUGGGACUCUUCACGUAUUUCAGCCUAUGCCUUCUGGGCAUCCUGGUCUCCAACCCUUUCCUGGGAGGUGAGUUUCCUUUGCAAAUACUGAUAUUAUAUGACCAGUUAAGAAGUGGACUUGGGUGAAAAGCAACUUUCUUCAAAUGCCUUUAGUUGGCCAAUUCAGUCUUUCAGAAAGAUAUCAGAAACCUUAGUCACAAUUGAGCAGAAUUUCAGACAAAUGUAGGUGUUUCAUUUUCAAGUAAUGGCAAUCCACUAAAAUCUACUAAACCUCUGGCUCUUUAGUAUGAGGUGGCUUGAACUGGGCUCAUGUUAACAAGGAUAAAAAAUAAUCUGGGCUUGCUCCAUGGAUCACAUUGAGUAACAUCCCUAGAGACAAAGUGGUGAAUCAAUUUAGCACUUUUAGGGCCUUUAAAUAAGAGACUCUGGGUGGGCAGAAGGUUGCUCAUAAUCUAGGAGGAGGUUUCUGGGUGGUUUGCAGACAAAUCCGUCAAUUUUGGCUCUGCAAGUUUCUCAUUUUUCCAAUCUUAAAUUCAGUCCUCCACAUGCCUGCAACAAUUUGCAACCUUUUUUUAAAACAUGAAACAACCAUCAUGAAAAAAGUAUCAAUAUUUUAGUGUCCAUUUCUGCCAAUGAACAAAUUCUUAAAUGCACUUUUGACUACCACACACACUUCUGCAAGGCAUUUCUCCUCAUGUAAUGCAUUUUGUAUGUUAUUUUCACCCAUCUAUGCAAUUUUAACACAUACUUUCCCCCAGUAUAUGCAUUUUUGAUACAUGUUACUCAACUGCAGAACUGCACUGAAAAAUUCAGAAGAAUGCAAAUUUCAAAGGAUGACUGAAUUUUGGUUUGCACGUUGGUUGAGAAAAUGUGAAUCGGGUGGAUUCGCUUUUAAAUGCAAACCUGGUUGAAUUUCUCCCUUGUCUCUAUUUGCAGUAGAUGAGCAAAGUUUUCAGGCUCCAAUUCUUUAACAAUCCCAGUCACUUAAAGCUUCCCUCCCAGCCCAGAAUUAGGUGGUUGAAAAAGAACAUUUUUUGGGAAAGCCAGAAGUGAAAGAGCUUGUGAGCUAGGGACUGAUCUCAAACAGGUGCACUGAGCAUAUGUUCAGAGGCAACCUGUCCAUGCCACCUGUGGCGUAGCUCAAGCUGGCUUUUCUUUCUUUAAUACUGUGGUGGCUGCUGCUUAUUGGGAUUGGCAGAAGGGAGGCGGAGUCAGAGGUAAUGGUACAUCCAGAGCCAAUGAGAGGCAGAGACAAGGGAUGCUAGUUUUGCCUCCAUCCUCCUUCCUGCUGAGUUCUACAAGGGGCAACUCUGAGACUAGGGAAGAGGAAGUUGACUGCCAGUGCCACCUACUGGACUGGGUGUAAGAGGGCAGGCAGGUGGGGGCUGGUGAAGGGCAGACUGAGGUUGGGAGGGCAGUGCUCUAAUGGACCAGCAUCUACUGCUUUAAGGCAAAAAUGCUUUGGAAUAUCUGCUGACAUUUUCAUGCUUCUUUCCUUUCUACCCCCUUGUCUCCAUGCAGCUGAGGCCGACACCUGCGCCAGGGAGUGGCUGCAAAACCAGGGCAACUGCUAUGCAUAUUUCGACAAUAAGUUGAGCUGGCACGAGGCUGAGGUAAGAAGUGUUUCUCAGCCACCCAGGUGUGAUAUAUAUAAGCUGUAUAAGUCAGCUUCCCAGUUCCCAUUUCAGGAGUUUGGCUGGAACAAGGGAUGAGGAAGAAAUUUAGGCCCUGUCUACUCUAUACUUUGAAAUAGUCAUGGGUUCACCAAAUAAUCAUGGCAAGCGUUGUUUGCGUUGUUAGGAUACUCUAUUCCCACCACAGAUAUGUAAUUUUCAGAAUGGUUUAUCAGUCAAUCCAUAUCUGGUGAUUCUUUUUUUGUGUGGAAAUAAUUUUUAUUUGAUUUUACUAGUAUAAGAAUAUAACAAUACAACCACCCACACCCGUAUUGAUAGAUUCCUUCGAAUCUCUGGGCUUCCCACCUUCCCCUUGUCAACCCUUUCAACUGCAUGUUAUUCAGUGGUCAGUAUUUUAUAUAACUCCAUUGUCUCCAUAGUAUUUGCUACAUUACAAGUGUUAAUGCAAUCCUGUUAAUGUUUUCAUCUGCUUACAGUGGUCUCCCAGAUAAAUUAUAAUUCCCCCCCACUCUGUUAAAGUUUUGGUCUUCUUGGUUCCUGAGCUUUCAGGUCAAUUUUGCCAGGAAGACCACCUCUGGCAAUUCUUGUUCUGUGAGGGAAAUAGAGGUCUCCCAACAACUCUCAGCACCCUUACCUGCCAGGAAGCUAGUUGCGUGGCUCUCCCCCAUCCGGUGAGCCACAUCUGACCAAUCCUGUUGAUGGGAUAUGAUCAUUGGGGAAGAAACCACUACUCUUUCCUUCUCCAUGUUUAGAUUGAGUGCCAGAGCUAUGGCCGUGGGGCCCACCUCGCCUCUGUCCUCACCAAAGCAGAGACCCUCUUGGUGGCCGAACACAUCUCCACUUACCAGCAAGAAAUAAGCAACGUCUGGAUUGGGCUCCACGAUGUCCGUCAGGUAAGCUUGCUCCAUUCCUAGCUAUCAUCACUGAGUAGCAGCUCCACAGCAUGGCUGGUGAUGCAAUGAGGUUGAGGGAACGUUCUUUCAUAUGUGGUGGACCUGUAAAAGGGUACAAGAGUAUUGGGAGAUAAUGAAUUGAAGAAAAAUGUUUAAAAAUACUUUACGAAAAAAGCCCAGAGUUCUUUCUGUUGGGGAUAACUCAGACUGAAAUUCACAGGUGUCAGAAAAAGUUACUUAUGUAUGCUAAUACUGCGGCCCGUGUUUUGUUAGCCCAAAAAUGGAAAACAAGUGAGGUCCCAGCUAAAGAAGAAUGACAACUUAAACUGAUGGAAUAUGCACAGCUUGCAGACUUAACAUGUACAGUACAAUAAGAGAACAAGAAGAACAUUCAUUUAAAGAAGAUUGGAAAAUGUUUAUUGAAUAUAUGGGGGGAAACUGUGUACACUUGAAAACGUUGGUAGCAUUAAGAUAGAUUCAACAGUGUAAAUAAGUUUUGGUGGAUGUAAUAAUGGAAUACUGAAUGGUUUAGUUUAUAUAAAAUAUACAGGGAUUGAUGAUAUGCAAAAUGAACCAUGGAAAGAGAAGAAGGGAAGUCACUGAUCUUUUUAGGGAUGUUUAAAUGAGUAUUCUAAGUUGUAAAACAGAAUAUAUAUAUAAGCAUGGCCGGUGACAAGGCUUGAUACAGUUGGGCAUCCACCAAGGGCCCAUACCCAAGUGGGAGUGGCCCAUCCAUAAAAGCCUCCUAAACCUGUCCUUCCUUUUCAUCACUGCAACUUGCUUGUUCACCUGCCUCUCACUCUAACCCAGGCAAUAUUGGUGGUUGAGGAAGGGGAGCAGUAAAUGACACUGCCUGCUUGCCCCUUGGCUUUCUGCUUGGCAAAACAAGCGGGUGGCAAGUGGCAGCGGAUGGGAAUAGUGGUGAGGAGGAGAGGUGUCUAUGAUGGACGUGGCUUUGCCCAAGGGUUCCCCCAAAUCAGAAGCCAGCACAGCUCCUUAGUAAUGGCAUCCCUUCCUUAUCUCACAACUCUCCCACAUGUUGCUUCUCCAUUGUUUUCUAUGGGUGUCUGCAUCACAGCUGAUAACAGCUCCCCAUUGGCCAACAUAUCCAGUUAAUCUUGCAUUGGUGUCAUCCCAACAGUAUCUUCCUUCUUUCUGGGUCCUUCAUUGCCCGUGUCACAUGAUCUGUUCUGUCUCUUUUCUGCAGACCCGGAAAUGGAGGUGGGCUGAUGAAUCCACCUACAACUACAAGUCCUGGAUGAUAAACCAGCCAGACAACUACCGCAAUGCUGAACACUGUGUGGAGCUGCGUCGAUCCACGGGUAAGCAAUCCAUUCUCAGGGUCUGGAAAAGGACAAGGAUGUGUGGCCAGUGUGGUUCUUAGCGAGCUGGCAAAGUCUGAUAGCCACAGUUUUGAGCCAGGUUCACACGUUGCAUUCUUGACCCACCAGACCAAGCAAUGGCAAAAACGUCUACAGUACACCAGUCAAAACUGCGUAUUAAAAAUGGGUUUGGUAGGAGAAAUUCAUGGUGAAAUACUGGUGAAUUUUCAUAACGGUUUUGACAACAAUUCACUGCACAGUGUGACAAACUGAAUUUAGGCAUGGAAAUACAGGGAAGUGAACUUAAAAGUGGAAAAAUGAGACACCAAGAAAACUGUAAUCGACAGAUCCUGCCAUCCCUAGUUAAUUGUCCUGAAAUGAAAAGGGGUUUAAGCAGUGGUAGCUAGUGCAUCUACUGGGACUGGCAGGGAGGAAGGCAGGAAGGCCCACAGUAGACUGAGCCAGUGUCAGGAAGAGCCAACUAAUUCUAGUCCCCCCACAAUCCAUGUUGAGUUCUGCAAGGGCAACAUUGAGACUAAGGAGGAUGCAGCUGACAGCCACAGCUACCCUCUGGACUGGUUGCAAGUAAGAAGGCACAUCUGGGAGCUGGCUGAGGCCAGAACAAAGAUGGUGGGGCAGUGCCCCAUUUGCCCUAAUGGACCAGCCCACAUUUUUUUUUUAAUAAUUCAGAAAGCAGAACUAGUUUGGAUUUUUUGGGGGUACUAGUUUCCUUUGUUUUGAACCCUAGAAUUCUUUCUAUCAUGCCCCUCUAAAAAUCCUUUUACAAGUAUGAGGACUAGAAGCAAAACUUUUCAAUCACGGAAAGCAGAAAUUUCUAAGUGGUUGGCAAUAUUCUACAAGCCACUGACCUACCUGCGCCAGAAAGAUGAAGUAACACCUGCCUUGUCUUUUCUUUUUUGCAUUCUAGACUUUAAGCAGUGGAACGAUGCUCAGUGCAAGAAACGUAAUGCCUACAUCUGCAAGCACGAACUCUAG